ACGACGCAUCGAGCGGUGACCGCCAUGGCUCCCCUAGUCCCGGAGAUUACGUCAUUCGCGCUUCCCUGACACAGAGCGUCGAUCGCGAUCGACCCGUUCACACAACCACUGAGGAUUCCGAAGGCCCGGCGUCUUGCUCUACAUUCAAGAUCAACAUUUUCCUGUAGUAGUGGGCAUGGAUCUCAGCGAGAGGGGCCUCCCUCCUUCGAAAUACAGCAGAUUAAGUCCAGAUAAAAGCGAUAAUCGAUCGUCUCGAAUGCUCAUGAACUUCGUGGAAGAAGUGAAACGCAAGAAGCCCAAGAACUAUCGUUUCCACUAUGAGUGGGAGAGCGAAUUCCUCUUCACCAUGUCCAACGGCAAAUGCACCUGCCUCAUCUGCCACGCGACGGUGGCCAUCAGCAAGAAGAGCAACCUCAGGAGGCACUUCACCACCAUGCACAAGCAGUUCAACUCCCAAUACCCGGAGAACUCGUCUGCCAGAGCCAUGAAGGUGGUGGAACUUAAAUCAGCCUUCCCUACGUCAAGCCUCAUGGACGACUGCGUCACAAUGGGGCUGUCACCCACCAAGCCACCAAGUCCAGCUGCCACCACCAAGUACUUCGAUUUCUUCCCGUCGCCAGAGUGCAGUGACUCUCCUGGUAAGGAAAACUGUUUUACAGGUAGUUCUUACGGAUGUCGGAUCAAUAACUCCGGCCUCUUCGACAGACUUGGCGACCAUUUGGCAGACGAAUUUGAAUUUCUAGAAUCUACAAGAAUCUUGGCUUGGAUGCUAGUUAUAGUGGUUUCUCUAGAAUCUUCUUUGUCCUGA